UUUCUUCUUCUGAUCACUACAGUCUUCCUUAACAAGGAUCCCUUUCCGGACCAAGAAAGAAUUUUCAGCGAGUGGUUAACAUCCUCAGCACAUUUCGGCUUAGUUAGUUCCUCUUUGUAGCCGGUUGGACUCUUUGCUCUUGGAGUGAAACGUCGGUGAGAAAAGCAAGGAACUGCCAUUCUAGUGGAUGCGAGUCUCGUCUCCUGUCCCAACUUUCCCUGGAAGGUGCAAUCAAGUGAUUUUCAGACACCUGAAUGGAGAAGGCCAGGGUCUAACUACCAUGAAACUCCACAUCUCCAGCGCUUUGGUCUCUUCCCGCUUGGAACAUGCCCCAGACCGGCAGGGAUUACUGUAUAAAAAGAGCAGUCGCAGUUCCUCCUACCACCCUUGUUGGUGCCAGCUCUGGGGUAAUCUUCUCUUCUACCGGGCGCGAGGAGGAGAACGAGAUCCUCCUAAACUCAUCAUUUUAGAAGGAUGUACUGUGGAGCUGCGAGAAUCCACAUCUGAACCAUACGCCUUUGAAAUUUCUUACCCCUGUGGAUUACUUGGUAAGCAGGCAUACCAGAUGGCAGCCCAGAAUCAAGAAACCAUGGAGGGCUGGGUACGAGCACUCAGCACCGCAGGGUUUGGAUACCUCCGUGCCUUGGUUGCAGAGCUGGAAGGGCAAUUUCAAAUGCUGAAGAACCAGCAGCCCCUCAAAUUGGAGGUAGACCCAGUAGCCUCAAAAAAGAUCUUUAAGGCACCCCUUCCUAAAAUGGGGGCUGAAAAGGGAUACAAUGAGAAAAAUUUCUCACUACUCCAUCAAGAAUUUGGAGAGGACAUUGUGAGAUUAAGACAUAUAUGGCAAGAAGAGAUGAAGGGCAAGAAGCCACCAGCAGAAGACAAUUUGAUAGACUUAGGAUAGAAAAAUCGGCAGCAUCAAGCACGUGACUAUAAGAGCAAAUCUCAUGGGAGAGCUGGAAUGAUACUGCUAGGAAUAACUUCCUGAGUCAACUAUUUGAUGUGCAUCUGGGAAACAGACACAUUUGAGUAUGAAUAAAUUAAAGUCAGUGAGCACUGCAUUAUUUACUUUGCUGGGAAUGAGGGAGGAAGGUUAGCGAUGGAGGUCUCUUGAGUCUACCAACAAAAUGCUUCAGAGAGUGCUUAUAGGGGAAGGGAGGAGGCUUUAAGCAAUGCAGAUCCUUCAUGUGAAAGCAAACUCUGCUGUACCAAAUGUUAGAUUUGGUCCAAGUGAUCUAUCAACCGUGAUUCCUAACCCAGUAUCAACUAGGCUAGAAAGAUCUCCAAACUUUUGAACCUGUGGGCACUUUUGAUAACACUGAGUUCGCACCAUCAGACGUCUGUCACAGGAAUAGCAUGGCAAACCACAAAAUGGCUGCCAUGGUGGCACAGGUCAAUCACAAGAUAUUGGGAGGUUCCAAACCAAGUGUAUUCCUAUGAUGGAAGCAGCUAUUUCUGAAUGGGUGUUUCCUGCAGACACAAUGGACCUCCUGGGCUCUUUUGAAACACCUCCUGCUCCAAUUAACAUGGGAGUAAUCCAGGACU